GAAGUCCAUUUUGUUUGGGAGAUAACUUAAAUCACGCUUAUCAAACUUUAUGUAAUGUUUUGAAAGUUUGAAUAUUAUAUAUAAAUAUCCUUCUACGCAAAAAAAGAAGAAGAUUACAAGUGGAGUGGAGUGGACAAGAGGAAUUGUUUCUUAUAUGUAAUUGUUAUACUAGCUAGCUAGGCACCAUAUAUAUAUAUAUAUAUAUCCUAUAAAUAUAGAGUUUCAUGGGCGUAUUCAAUCAUUAUUCACUACUCCCCCCUCCCAAAUGUUUGAAAGUCCUUUAGAAGUGCUAGCUAGGUAGGUGAUAUAUAUAUUAUUCAUUGUUGUGUUUAAUUUAGGUAUCGAUCAAAAACGAAGAAAUUAAAAUGGGGAAUGAAUUGUUGCCUUUUGUUGUAAUGGUGAUUGUGCAAUUAGGAUUUGGUGGUAUGAUAAUAAUAUCAAAGUUAGUGAUGGAUGGUGGCAUGAAUCCUUUUGUUCAGUCUGCUUAUAGGCCUAUUUUUGCCACCAUUUCCAUUGCUCCCUUUGCUUACUUCUUCGAGAGGAAAACUAGACCAAAGUUGACACUCUCUAUUCUUUUUCAGAUAUUUUUGUGUUCUAUUUUCGGAUUAACAGCGAACAUAUGUGUGUGGUACAUUGGGUUAACGAACUCAACUCCAACAAUUGCUUCCGCCAUCGAUAAUCUAAUCCCUGCGUUCACGUUUAUUAUAGCAGUAUCUUUCGGGGUUGAAAAAUUGGGUUUAAGAAGUAUAGCAGGACAAGCCAAGUUUUGGGGCACAAUAGUAUGUGUUGGAGGUGCCAUGCUAUUGUCAUUAUAUCAUGGCAAAGUUGUUAUUGGCCAACUCGGAUUCCACUGGAAAUAUGCAGAAAAUACAGGCAAAGAUGUCAAUUCAGCCCAUUCUAACUUCUUUUUAGGACCUUUUCUACUUAUAAUGUCCAGUCUCACUUAUGCCAUUUGGCUAAUCAUUCAGGCAAAGGUAAACGAGAAGUAUGCAGCUCCAUAUACAUCAACGUUAUUGAUGUGCCUAAUGGCAAGUGUGGAGUGUGUCAUUAUUGGCUUCUGCGUCGUCCCUAAACUUUCUGAAUGGACAUUAAAUCCCAUUAGAGCUAUCUCGGUUGUCUAUAAUGGUGUUGUGGCUACAUCACUUGCAUAUUUUCUAAGUUCAUGGUGCAUUGAGAAGAAAGGUCCUUUAUAUGUCUCCAUGUUCAAUCCGUUGCUGUUAGUUAUUUCGGCAUUUCUCAGUUGGACUUUGCUUCGUGAGAAAUUAUACCUUGGAGUAGUUGUAGGGUCAAUCUUAGUAGUGGCUGGGCUUUAUGGCUUUUUGUGGGGGAAAAAGAUGGAGACAAGUGCAGAGGAUACUGACGUACAUAAAGAUAAAGAGGAGUGCACUGAAGUGGAUGUGGAAUUGCAAUUACCUAACUCUAAUGGUCACUAUCUAGAGACGAAGCAGAUAUCAUCAGAUUUAGCCAAUGAUCUUAAGGUGGAGACUUACAAAAAGAAACUUGUCUUUCAAUGAUAUUAUUGCUGCUAGAUUUGAAAUGACAAUAAUGUACCAGGUGUUUUGUUGCCCUACUCAUUAAAAAUAUUCUAUGUACCACACUUUCGUUGGUGGAAAAUUACUGAACAAAUGUAAUGUUUCAUUGGAAAUUCUGUUGGAAUCUCUUGAAAUGAUAUAUCUUCAGCUGUAUGCUUCAAAA